AUGGAUCAAUCAGAGACGAAACUGGUAGCAGAGCCCCAGAUCUGGGCGGCGGUGGCCUUGAACGGGAAGGACGAGCCAACAAGAAGCGUCGAACGCGGAACUGGUGACAGAGCACCAGGGCGGUGCUUGAAGAAGGAGUGGGCGAAAGACCCAAUUGAUUAUGAACAAUUAGAUAACAUUGAUUUUUGGAUUGUAGAAGAAGAUCCACCUGCAGAUAUAGACUAUGAAGAGCUUGAAAAGACUCUUUAUGAGGAGGAGGAGGAGGAGCAAGGAUCAUCAUCAUCUUCUAACAAGCGUCCUCGUGUUGAAGAGGACUUUGAGUAUGAUCUGACUGAUGAAAUUGACUUCGACAUUUCUCAUCUUGUUGAUGCAAUGGAGAUGGAGAUGGAUAGCUUUAUCUUUGAAGAUUGAGUACUUUUCUUUUGUUAUUUGGAAUUCUAAGUUGAUGUUAUGUUAUGGAUUUAAGAGUGUUGGAUUUAAGGGUUCUUGAAUUUUUAACUAUGAUGGACUUAAGUUGAUGUUAUGUGAAUGAUUUAAGUGUUGUUGAAUUUUUACUAUGUUGAAUUUAAGUUUAUGUUAUUUAAGUGUGUUGUAG